AAACAGCUCCUAUCUAUUUUCUCUUUCCCAUUUGGUUUUACACAUUUACUCCCUCAAAUAGUCCAAUGGUGUAACUCGUUCGGUCGUUUCUCUUUCAUUCUCUCUCCGAGUUAACACAAUGGCGCAUCUCUUCAGAGACCUUUCGCUUGGCCACUCAAAGAGAGAGUCAACUCCACCGCCAUUGCAAACGAAACCUCGAAUGCCACCGAGCAAGCUUACCUCAACCGAUCUCCAAUCUCCACUCGGACAACUCGCUUCUCAACUCACCGACUCCGACCUCCGACUCACUGCUUAUGACGUCUUCCUCGCCGUAUGCCGUACUUCCUCUUCGAAACCUCUCUCCUCUUCCGCUUCCGCUUCCAAUUCUGAUUCGCUGGGUUAUAACUCGCCUAGUCAAAACAACAACCACUCACCUAAUUCGCCCGCGUUGCAACGCUCGCUUACGUCAGCCGCCGCUAGUAAGAUGAAGAAGGCUUUAGGAUUGAAGUCGCCAGGAUCGAAAAAGAGUCCGGGUUCCGGGCCAGGCUCCGGCGAGGGCAAAUCCAAGCGGCCUACGACUGUAGGGGAGCUUAUGAGGAUUCAAAUGCGGAUACCUGAGACCGUUGAUUCACGAGUUAGAAGAGCGCUUUUGAGAAUCGGCGGCGGCCUGGUCGGAAGACGAAUUGAGUCGGUUGUUCUGCCAUUGGAGCUAUUACAACAGCUCAAGCAAUCAGAUUUUACCGAUCAACAAGAAUAUGAUGCAUGGCAGAAAAGAAACCUCAAGGUUCUUGAGGCUGGGUUACUUUUGCAUCCUCGCGUUUCACUUGAUAAAUCAAAUAAUGCAUCACAACGGCUGCGGCAGAUCAUUCAUGCAGCCUUGGAUAGACCAAUAGAAACUGGAAAGAACAAUGAGUCGAUGCAAGUUCUUCGCAGUGCUGUUAUGUCUCUUGCUUCCAGAUCUGAUGGGUCUUUCUCUGAUUCAUGCCACUGGGCUGAUGGCAUUCCACUGAAUCUUAGACUCUAUGAAAUGCUUUUAGAGACGUGCUUUGAUAUUAAUGAUGAGACGUCUAUUGUUGAGGAAGUUGAUGAGCUUAUGGAGCACAUAAAGAAGACGUGGGUGGUUCUUGGUAUUAACCAAAUGCUCCAUAAUCUCUGCUUUACGUGGGUCCUGUUUCACCGUUUUGUUGCCACUGGGCAAGUUGAAAUGGACUUACUAUAUGCUGCUGAUGGUCAGCUAGCAGAAGUAGCAAAAGAUGCCAAAGCGACCAAGGAUCCUGACUACUCCAAGAUCUUAAGUUCUACAUUGACUUCAGUACUAGGCUGGGCAGAGAAAAGACUCCUUGCAUACCAUGACACUUUCGAUAGUGGAAAUAUAUAUACCAUGCAGGGCAUUGUUUCUUUGGGUGUAUCUGCAGCUAAGAUUUUGGUUGAGGAUGUAUCUACAGAGUAUCGGAGAAAGAGGAAAGGAGAGGUUGAUGUAGCUCGAAAUAGGAUUGACACUUAUAUCAGGUCAUCGUUGCGCACUGCUUUUGCUCAGAGAAUGGAGAAAGCAGACUCGAGCAGGAGAGCUUCGAAAAACCAGCCAAAUCCUCUUCCUGUACUUGCAAUCCUUGCUAAGGAUGUUGGUGAGCUAGCAGUCCAUGAGACGAAGGUUUUCAGUCCAAUACUGAAGGGUUGGCAUCCUUUGGCAGCUGGUGUAGCCGUGGCCACCCUUCAUUCUUGUUAUGCAAAUGAGAUAAAACAGUUCAUCUCAGGUAUUAUGGAGUUAACUCCUGAUGCUGUUCAAGUCCUGAGAGCUGCAGAUAAACUUGAGAAAGAUCUUGUUCAGAUUGCAGUUGAGGAUGCAGUAGACAGUGAAGAUGGUGGGAAGGCCAUAAUCCGUGAGAUGCCUCCUUAUGAGGCUGAAACUGCAAUUGCCAAUCUGGUUAAAGGUUGGAUCAAGACAAGAUUAGACAGACUUAAGGAAUGGGUUGACAGGAAUUUGCAACAAGAGGUCUGGAAUCCACAGGCAAAUCAAGAAGGAUAUGCUCCCUCUGCAGUUGAAAUAUUGAGAAUCAUUGAUGAGACUUUAGAUGCAUUUUUCCAGUUGCCAAUACCUACACAUCCUGCAUUGCUUCCUGAUUUGAUGGCUGGCCUUGAUAAAUGUCUUCAGUAUUACGUAAUGAAGGCAAAAUCUGGAUGUGGUACACGAAAUACAUAUAUCCCCACAAUGCCUGCAUUGACCAGAUGUGAGAUAGGAUCAAAGUUCCAAGGUGUGUGGAAGAAGAAAGAAAAGUCACAAAAUUCUCAGAAGAGAAAUUCUCAGGUUGCAACAAUGAAUGGAGAUAAUUCAUUUGGGAUACCACAGCUUUGUGUUCGUAUUAAUACUUUCCACCGCAUCCGAUCUGAGAUGGAUGUUUUAGAGAAGAGGAUCAUAACCCACUUGAGGAACUGUGAGUCUGCUCAUGUGGAAGAUUUUUCGAAUGGUUUGAGCAAGAAAUUUGAACUAACACCAUCUGCUUGUGUGGAAGGGGUUCAGCUACUCUCUGAGGCUGUAGCUUACAAAAUCGUAUUCCAUGACCUAAGUCAUGUUUUAUGGGAUGGUUUGUAUGUAGGAGAGCCAUCAUCUUCUAGGAUUGACCCUCUAUUACAGGAACUGGAGCGGAACUUGUUGAUCAUCUCAGAAACUGUACACGAAAGAGUUCGUACAAGGAUUAUAACUGAUACCAUGAAAGCUUCCUGUGAUGGAUUCUUGCUUGUUUUACUUGCUGGAGGUCCUUCUCGUGCUUUCUCUCGACAGGAUUCUCAAAUUAUAGAGGAUGAUUUCAAAUCCCUUAAAGAUCUGUUCUGGGCCAACGGAGAUGGUUUGCCUGCUGACCUCAUAGAUAAGUUUUCAUAUACUGUGAGAGGUGUCCUUCCCCUCUUCAGAACCGAUUCUGAGAGCUUAAUUGAGCGGUUCAGACGUGUGACCUUGGAGACAUAUGGCUCAUCCGCAAGGUCCAGGCUUCCACUACCUCCAACAUCAGGGCAGUGGAAUCCUACUGAACCAAACACUCUUCUGCGAGUGUUAUGUUACCGGAAUGACGAGACAGCUUCAAAGUUCCUUAAGAAGACUUAUAAUUUACCUAAGAAACUUUAAUAACCUGGAGUCGGGAGUAAAGCAAACCAAGGCAGGCUGCAUCCUAUAUAACAUUGUUUGCUAGCAAUGUUAUUAUAAUUUCUAUAUACUUCGUAUUUGGCCUGCACAAGUUCCUAAAGAUGUGGCACUAAUUGUGUUACUCUUGUAUAGCAUAUCGGCCAUGUUCAGGUGAAAUCCAGCUGAUGAUAUUCACCAAGAUAUGGAGUGGUGAGAAGAGGGAACUAGAGAAAGGCAGAGGACCUUCAAGGGCUUACUUGUGAGGAAAGGUGGGUUGGAUACACUCAUUGUAAGAUUCAAUUAUUAUAUGAUUAUGAGAUUUCGUCAUAUCUAAUUUGUGUAUUCUCUACAGCAUGUAGGAGAAUUUUUUUGCUUUCUGAGGUUCUUUUGUUCAUUAUUUGUUUUUAACUAUCAUUGCUUGUUCAUUUUGCCUUAUGUAUCAUAAAUCAGGCUUCAUUCAUUGAGGAAAUUAUUAUUAUUUUCUUUUACAGAUUUCAAA